UUGGUGCGGCCCGGGACGGCAUGGCUGUCGCACUCCGGCCUCGGAAGCAAGCCGUCCUGCGGGCGCUGCGGGCCUUGCUGUGUGCUGGGGUGGGAGGCUCUGGCUCCGCCGGCUGCCGCUGCCCCCUCGGAGCUAAAAGAUAUCUACUUACAGAUAAUGUUGUGAAAUUGAAAGAAUUUCAGCAAAAGAAGGUGGCUAUUGCGUACAGUCUUCCUGGUACCAGAGAAACCUAUUUGAGCAGCUUGGAGGAGAAAUUGACCCAGAACAAGCUCAUCUUAAAGGAGGAGCUGAGAACCUUACUUCAUUUAUGUGAGUCCCGCGAUGAUGUGGAACUGGCUAAACAUGUCAUUUACAGGUACUAUGUAGAGAACAGAAAUGUCACACUGGGAGAGUAUAAGUUUGGACCACUUUUCAUGAGGUUGUGCUACGAGUUGGAUCUUGAGGAGUCUGCAGUGGAGCUCAUCAAAGACCAGCAAUUACGAGGUUUCUUCUCAGACUCUACGUCAUUCAAUAUUUUGAUGGACAUGUUAUUUAUCAAAGGAAAAUAUAAAAGUGCUUUGGAAGUAUUGAUCGAGAUGAAAAACCAAGAUGUGAAGUUCAGCAAAGAUACCUAUGUCCUUGCUUUUGCGAUUUGCUACAAACUGAACCAAGUGGAAAAAGCUACAUCCAUUUUUUCUCAAAUCAUGAAGCCAGAAAGCAUAAUCUGCGCUAAUUUAAAUCUUAUGAUCCAUAUUCAGUCAAAUAUGUUGAAAACCCUGAUAGAGAUACUAAAGGAUGCCACAGAGGAAAAUGUAUCAAAAUUUGUGAAAAAACUUAAGUUCUCAGAAGAAGUGCUGGCUAAAGUGAGGAGAAAAGUGAAGGAUGUGCCUGCCCUUCUGGCCACCUUUGACGAGCUCUAUGGGAAACUGCACAUAAACGGCCAGGUCACCACUCACAGUUUGGAUGCUCUGCUCUGCCACACCCCCAAACAACUGAAGUCCCACAUGGUACUCAUAAACAAGAGGACAGUUAGCCGCCGGACCUUCCAGCCACUCAGCCAGUCCUUGUGGGCUGAGUAACCUUUAGUCCAUCCCCCCGUGGGGUGGGUCUGAGGUGGAGGGGACUUGCUUGUAGUGAGUUAUUGGCAUCCUAAGAAAUCAGGCACCGAACUCCAGUGGACUCUGUACUAGCAUCUGGUCUCCUUAAUGUCCGGGUUCAUUGAGUGCUGGCUUGCUGACCUGGGAAGUUAAUCCAUUUGAGGUCUAGAUACAAGGGUCAAAAAGCUGAGCUCCCUCAGAAAGGCUUGUUCUGGUCAACUGCUGAGGAUCCUUGAAGGAAUAUAGUCAGAGCCUGCAGUCCAGCUUCCAGCACCCGUGCACCUGAUAAGCAAAAGUGGAGGGAAUUUCACUGUACACGGUCAGUUCUGACUAACUGAGGAGAUGGUUACUUGCUGAAUUCAGACAUUCUGAACCCCAAGGCCACCGUGCUGGGAAGUAGCUCAGGAUUUUCUCACUGCUUCUGUCAUCAUUUACCCGUGACCCCAAACAAAGGUACGUGGGCCCUCAUUUGCCAUCUGUAAAAUAAGAGUGCCUGUAGGCAUCGUGUAUUGAUUUGAAUUUUUCAUUCAAGUUUCAGUAGGGUCAAAUUUUCUCAAAAAUUAAGAAAAAUAAAAACGGUUCCAAAAACUU